UCUAGCUAGCAGACUAGCGACAACAAUGGACAACAGGCUGCGAAUAUUCCCCGGCGUGGCUCAGCCCGUUUCUUCUGUCAGCCCCUUUGCCGUCAACGAAGCCGAGCAAGGAGUCGUCGAGACGCAGGCCGGGAGUCGACACGGCCCCGCCGGUAGUCAGGCGAGGGAGCUCCAUGUGACCGGGACGGCGGAGGUUAGCCAACCGGCCGACAGAGCGUCGGUGCGGCUCAGCGUCGGCAACAGCAAGGCGACCGUCAACGAGGUCACCAGCAGCGUGUCGCGACGCCUGGAAUACAUUUUGCAAGCUAUCAGACAGCAUGGAGUCAAAGAAGAGGUCACCGUGAGGAAAUUCCUUCACCGGGAUGAAGAAAUGUAUCACAUGAAUGUAGAGGUGACUGUCACCUUCUCGGACUUUGAGAAAAUGGAGCAGGCGUGUAGCGUCUUGCUCGAGAAACUGGACAGGAGCGUCUCGGUGGGACAGCCUCGUUUUUUCCACAGCGCCGAAUGUCUCAACAACGUCCGGCAGAGCGCGUGUGUUUUGGCUGUGGAGAACGCUCAGCAAAAGGCCAGCAGAGUGAGCCAGCUGCUGGGGCAAAACCUGGGGGCGCCCACCCUGGUGCGAGAGGAGGAGACGCGGGAGUGGAGGAGCCACGAGGAGGACGAGGACGAUGAAGGCGGCGGAGGGAGGCGGGGCCAAGAGGCCACCUCCGCCCAGGCCGCCCCCCUUCCCCGCAUACCCAGCGUCACCGCCUCCUCGAGGGUGUCCGUCUACUUCCGAAUGCGUGAUGGAAAUAGGAAGAAAUACUAAUACAGGGUUCGCACGCGGCCCUAAAAGUCCCUAAAAACCCCUAAAUUUUCGAAGGUGCAUUUAGGGGCUCCUAAAAGUCCUUUAAAAAUCCGCGAAAACCGGUCUAGCCCCUAAAAAGGCCUUAAAUGUAAAAAAAAUCAAAGGGAGGACCUCUACCGCCAAAAUUCUCCCUAAAAAAAAAAUCUUUUAUUUUAAAAAAAUAGCGAUCCGUCAGGCGUCCAAAACAGCCGAAAAUUGUCAACGGAAGUCACGGUGUUGACAACGUGUUGCCAUCUUGUCGAUAUUCCAUUGUUCGUUUCCGUGACUAGGCAUUUCACUUCGUCUUCGUUACGACGUACCGUAGUUCUUUCAUCGAUCCAACUUGUAUCACGGGGGGAAGUGCAUUUUUCCAAGAAGCUUGGGUUGAAAGUAAGGAGUUCGGAAGCUGGGUUCGUCGAGAUCCAAAAGAUCGGCACAUGUUUUACUGCCAUCUGUGCAAGCAGAGUUUCCAGCUUGAAAAGAUGGGCGUCAAAGCUCUGGAGUCGCACCGGAAAAACAGGAGACACGCUGACUUGGCGAAAACUCUCAUCUUCCGUUGGUAUGAAUCUGUUUCUAAAAUAUCAAGAUAGUGAAGCAUCAACUUCAGGCAGUGGUACUAGCAGUGCAUGCGCGCCUACAGUUGUCCAGUCAUCGACUUCAACCAGCCGAAGUCAGGAUUUAUGAACGUAGUUCAAUACACGAAGACGGACUCGUUAAAGGCAGAGAUCGUGUGGACUUUAAAAGUGAUCUGCAGCCAUUCCAGUUACAAAUCUUGUGAAAAUAAUUCGAAAGUGUUUGCAGUCAUGUUCCCAGACAGCGACAUUGCUAAAAACUACCACUGUGGGGAAAGGAAGACUUCGUACCUGCCCACUUUUCAUCUCUACUGCCUCAAAGCCAAAAAAGCCAGAAUAGAGACGGACAUAUCUACGCUUAUUGAGAAGGCUGACAGGCUGUGUGAGGAGGCAGAAGAAAAGAGGAAUCUGAGGUUUAUCACCGAGGCCAAUGCACUCGGAGGCAGAGCAAAGGACAAGAGAGACGCUUUGGCACCUCUGCAGCAACAAAUAGAGGAAGUACUGGGUAGGCUCAAGGAGCUUAUGUAGGGGUGCUGAGACAGACAUCAGUAGAAAACAUUUGUGUGUAUAGUUGCAGUUGUAGUUAGAAUCUGUUUUUCUGUAGACUGUUAUGUGACGACGUUGACAAUGGUCAUAUCAAUGAGAACUACCACAAGGGGCGACAGGUGAUCACUGUCACAGGUACUGAGGUACUGGAACAUUUGAUGAACCAAGAACGGUUGAUGGCACCAUUGGGUGAGUCUUUUUUCCUUACUCUUGAUCUCCAACGAUGGCCCUAAAAUUUUCCCGUGUCAGCCCCGAAGAAUGCCCCUAAAAAGCCCUUGAAUUUUUUGGGUCAGACUGAGUAUGAACCCUGUAAUAUAUAUUUCAAACGCCAAUAGUUUUUUUUUACACAUCGUUUGUGCCUGAAUAUAUAUCAGAUUUUUCAGUCAUGGUGUUUUUUUAAUGUGUUUUUAUAGUAUUUAGGCAAUUCUGAAUUUUCAGCCUAGUACCAUGUUGUGCCACUACAUGCUAACCCUCUUAAUAGUCGGCACUCCCACAAAGCAGAGAGAAUGCAUGAGUUUUGUUCUAUGCUGUAAACAAUGAAUAUUAUUGCGGCUUAUUAAUCAC